AUGCAAUAUAAUGGUGGUUCGGUAGUGGCUAUGGUCGGCAAGGAUUGCGUUGCUAUUGCUUCAGACCUCCGUCUUGGGAUGCAAGCUUUGACUGUCGCCUGCAAUCACGAAAAGGUCUUCCCUGUGACGGAUCGAAUAUAUCUUGGUUUGGCCGGACUUGCGACUGAUGUUGCAACAUUACGGGAACGAUUCCGCUAUCGCGUAAAUAUGUACACGAUUAAGGAAGAGCGAGACAUCUCACCCGAGACGUUUGCGAGGCUUGUCUCCUCGACACUGUAUGAAAAGCGCUUUGGGAACUACUUCGUUGAACCAGUCAUCGCCGGCAUGGGAACUGCGCCGAACGGAAAAGCGCAACCAUACAUUGCAGCAGCAGAUGUUAUUGGGUGCCUAAAUUUUGCAAAGGAUUUUGUCGUGGUCGGGACCGCGAGUGAUAAACUGUUUGGUGUGGCGGAGGGUCUGUGGGAACCUGAUCUGGAGCCCGAGGACUUGUUUGAGACGAUCAGCCAGACGUUGCUUAAUGCGGUUGAUCGAGACGCCUUCUCUGGAUGGGGCGCUGUUGUGCAUGUCAUUACUCAAGACAAAGUCAUUACUCGCACACUGAAGGGAAGGAUGGACUAA